AGCCCGGUCGGUAGAAAUCUUCGAUACCUUAACCACGCGAGCUGUCAAAAUUACAUCGUUUGUAAACAAAAUGCUCCCCUGUACGCCGGACUCACUCAGCAGUCACUCAAGGCACAUAGGGCACUUUCACAUGUGUUGAGCUCGAAUGGUUUCAUUUUCCCACAGGGUCGGUGGAAAAUGGGAAGGGGAAAACAGAUUUGGGAAAACUGUGGAAAACGUCAAUAGUUUGAAAGUUAUUCCGUUCUCUUGGAUGUGUUUUCUUGGUGAAAUUUUUUCACCUUACUAGAAGUGCACGUUCGAAUUCAUCAAAAUUCGUCAAUUUUUCUCUUGCGAUCCCGACAUCGAGUUUUCUUCCGUAGGAUUCAAUACUGUGGGAGAAAGACUUUGAUCGCCACACAAAGGAGAAGAAAAUUUCCUUUAUUGACAAAUUUGAGAUAUAUUUUCUUCCACCACAUAACGCCACACAAUGCAUCCCAAGAUGCGUGGGAAGACAACAUCUUAAAUGACCUUAUGCCACGAAAAUCUAUUAGACUCGGAAAAAGGUAAUCAUCGCUGCUUUCCAUCAUGUCAACUGAUAUCGAUAUCAGCGAAGUGGAUAGUCGCUUGGAAAAUAUGAGUGAGUAUCGUCGAAAGGAGGCUGACGAAGAGCAUCAAACUUCUACGCUGUUAGUUCACAACCAGCAGCUGUUGAGGAAAGCCAUAUCCGAGGACGAGUUCGAUUUCGACUCAGCGUUCAGCUCGGAGUCCAAUAAUAUGCUUAUGGAUGAAACACUGGAAGAUGCUGCUGCAGACGAAGUCGAGGAUACCGAUAGGUUGAAAUCGUUGGAGGACGAACACGAAGCACUGUCAUCUAACUUGAUGGCCCUUACCUCACAUUUUGCCCAGGUUCAGCUUAGACUGCGACAAAUCUGCGAGGCUUCCCCAGAGGAAAGGGAUGAUUUGCUGAAAAACUUGGAAGAGUUUGCGUUCCUGGGAAUACCCGAGAUGCAACCGAUUUCGGUGAAGAAAACCAUUCCAGAAAUUGAAGCGGAUUUGGAUCAGAGCCCAGAAACGGUGGAAGUUCUUCGAGCGAAGCAACAGGCCCUGAUUGAGCACCUGAAAAAUCAACUAAUGGAUUUAGAGCACUUCGCCUACGAAUCUGGAGCCGAUAUUCUUCCACAAACGAUCCUGCUGGAGAAACAGAAAGUCAUCAUCGAUGAAAUCAAAAGCAAAAUAAAUCUAAAUCUCAGCGAAAUGGAUUUGCCACAGCUAACUACCGAAGAUUUGAGGAAUCAGGUGGAUAUAGCUCUAGACGAGCAGUUGGUUAACCCACUCAAGAUGAAGGAGCAAUUAGUAGCACAGCUCAAGACUCAAAUCCAGGACUUGGAACGUUUCAUCAAGUUCCUGCAAACAAAUGAGAAAGAAGAUAUCAAGAAACGCUUUUUCAAGCAGCAAGAACUGGCCAAAGCGGAAGCGGCCGAACGCGCGGAUGCCAGGGAACGAUCAACUACACGAUCGGUGAACUCCGGUGGUAAGGACUGUGGCUCAACGCAAUCUGCACAGGAGAGUUAUCCCUCUAAAAGAGAAACUUUCAACAGCAAAGCAUUCGGACUGAUGGACAAAGCCGGGACAAUUUUGCAAAUGUUUGCCCUGUCCCAAUUCAACUGUGGAAGCGAGCGUAAUCGGGAAAGUUUCCAGCGUAAUAUCAUGAAACGCUCGAGGGAUAAUUGUUGGGGUGACAUACGGGCAAAGCUAGAGAUCGAUGUUCAGGAAGUGAUUUCUCUAGCGAUGGAGGACGAUUUCCAACACUCGGAAACGGCUAGUCAGUGCGGUGAAAUACGAAACGCUAACAGCCGUAAGAACUACGACCUGACGUUGAUCGUACGGAAGCAGUUGGCGAAAACAAUCCAGGGUUUGAUGCAGCAUGGGCUCCAAGGUGUCGCGGAGAACAGUGGAAGCCUAGUGCCAUUCAUUGCUGGUUGUUUCUCCGGUGGAGAUAAUCAGCAAAAAUUUGGUCAACCCGGUACGGAACGCUUCUAUCAACGUGAUUCAAACAAAGUGGACAGCAGGAGGAAGAGUACCGGUGGCAUGGGGAAAACCGCCGUUGUCCCGCCGAAGCGAUGUUCCAGCUCGGUCGAUGACGAAGAGCUACCGCAGAUGAACCUUUUCACCCAACUAGAAGAGGAAGAUGAUGAGGAGGUGGAGUAUUACAGUAGCGAUGAGACCUGUAUGCAUGCAUGGGAAUUAAUGCUGAUAUACUACAACAUCAAGAAUGGCGAUCGGUACAACUCAACUCCGGCUAGGAAGCUUUCCGAGAGUUUCAAUUUAGAUUUGGCGGAAGGUAGACCUCAGUCCAAUAAGCAGAGUCUGCUGAGUACCAUUGGAUCGAUAAUCGCGUUGCAUCGUCCAUACAAGAGAAGCUAUAAUUCCCAAUUUAAGGCAUUCAUAUGUGCAGCUUUGAACGCCCAGAAACUCACUCAAUGGCUGCAUCUGAUCUAUCAAUGCAAGGAGCUGGUCAGCUCACACUACGCCAGCUGGAGCUACGUGGCAAAUACCGGAUUUCGCGAUGCGUUGAAAACAUUGGACCGACUGACUCAGUAUCGUUUCGAUCUGCCGGUAGAUCUCUCAAUACGACAAUUUAAAAAUAUCAAAGAUGUCUUCAUGUAGAACGAUACUUGGAUGCAUAACACCAAGCAGUGACAAGUCAACCGAGUACUCCCUAGUCUACACUAAUCCCGCAAAACUCUAGUCAAAUAUCAUCUGAAACAGGCACCGAAAGUUCAGCGAUAGCAGUCCAAACAUUCCAUAGCGAGCUUUAAUAAUUCCGCAACCUUCCUUCGUACGUAUGAGCUUAUCAUCUUGACAGCAAAGUCAUCAAUUUACAACAAUCAUUCCAAUAAAAGAUACAUUCCAGACUUCCUCGUACCAGAUGCUUGAGUGCGCUUAAGCCCCUAAUCCAAUUACAUAGAUAGUUGUUGAAUUGUUGUGCUAUGCGGAAAUUACAGUAUAUGCAAAAGAACUAGCAGAAAUUGUUACGCCAGUGAUCAAACAAGAGUGUGUUUCCACGGAAAAUUAAUGUAUCUAUCAAAUUUUAACAAAUAAAAAAAAUAUCCAUAGUGUACAAUAAGCAAGAGCCUCCGGCUGGGAUUGGGCGAAUUAUUGUCUUCAAAAGAACCGUUAUGGAUGGAUCGAUUUAGAACGAUGUGUUGAGAUAUCUAAUAAAGAAACUUUUACGUUUGCAAUCA